UUUUAUUAUUAAAGCAGACCUACAUCAGGUUCGACAUUUACAAACGAAAAAAAAAAAGAUGGCUCUGCCCAACCUGUGGAAGAUAUACGCAUCAUUUCGUACACCAGAAGAAGAAAGACAGUUUUCUCGGUCAGCUUUCUUUAAGUUUAGUGGAUAUAUUCUUUCUUGUAUAGCCAUGACUGUAUUUGCGUCUAAAUAUUAUAAUAAAUCAACCAAAGCACUUUUGUGAUGAUAGCAAACACGUCUUUUUUUAAUAUUUAUACUGUGGUAAGCACUGUUCAUGCAUGAUAUGAAUUUUCUUUGUUGGC